UGUUUUCCUUGCUACCUAGGGAGAGGAGACUCCCAGAUGAUGAAGUCAUUGAAGCAAAAAAACUAGUUAACUUGAAUGUUAGCAACAAGCUUAUGAGGGACCAUUUUGAGGAAAGGACAGGAAAGAAAAUAAUUCUGAAGCACAUUAGCAACAUUGUCAACAAAGUCAACAAGACCAAGAAGACUGAUAACCUCGAAAAACUUGUUCAAAAAUUGAAAGUGACUGGUUCAGAAGUUGAAAUUUUCCAUGAUGGUGACAGCAAUCUCCAAGCAUUAUUUUACCAGGAUGCUGAAAUGCAGAGGGUUUUUGCAACUUUCCCAGAGAUUAUAUUUGUAGAUGCUACAUACAAAUUAAAUGACAGGAGGAUGCCAUUUUAUGUAAUGAUGGUUGAAGACAGUCUAGGCCAAAGUGAGGUAGCAGCUAUAGCUUUAGUUAAUUCUGAGGAAAGGGCUGUUUUACAGCAACUAAUUCAUUGCUUUAAGGAAAAUAAUCAAGCUGCUGGAAAAACAAAAGUAAUCAUGGCCGAUAAAGACAUAAAUGAGAGAGAUGUAUUCAAAUCAGAAUUACCAAAUGCAAUGCUGUUGAUUUGUCAGUUCCACGUUUUAAGGUCAUUUAAUAGAGAAAUCACUACCGAAAAAAUGGGGAUAUCUUCAGCUCAGAGACAUACAGCAUUAGAACUCUUACAGAAAUUAGUUUAUUGUAACUCAGAGACAGAUUAUGAGGCAUCCUUGGAAGAAGUUAAACGUAAAUGUUCAAGGCAGAUUAAUGAAUAUAUCAUUAACAAUUGGCAUGAAAUAAGACAUGAAUGGGUGUUCGGACUAAAGUUAUGUGAUGGAUCUUUAAUGAACACUACAAACAAUAGAUUGGAGUCAUUUAAUCAGAAAUUAAAACAGGUUAUAAAUCUCUAUUCGUGUCUUGAGGUGUUCUUUGAAAAAUUUCUUUCAUUAAUAAAUACCGUGAGGAAUGAGAGAGACCACAAAGGAAGUGUUGAAGUAAUGAAAGUUAGCGUCCGGACAGCUUGUUUAAAUUCAGAAUCUGCAGAAGUAAAGUAUUUAAAUCAUUUGACUGGUUAUGCUUGUAAAUUUGUUCUCCAACAACUUUCCAAAGCCAAACAGAUUACAAAUCUUAAUGGUACAUCAACAGAUAGCAGACUAAUGGAUGAUGAGAUAGAACUUUGCACUGAAUCAUGUAAUUGUAACGUUAAUAAAUCGAUGGGCCUGCCAUGUAAACAUAUCUUUAAAUUGUACAUUAUAAGUUGGACAUUCUUGCAAAUUUUAUUAGAUUUGACUACUUAUGUUUUGAAUAAGCCAGGCUCCUACUUGGAGUUUUUUUAAAUAAAAAAAAAUUGUCAUCAUGUCAAAUUUUACAGUUAUUGCCCUUGAAUUAUUUUUAACUUUAAGAGAUAAUCAUUUUAUUAAGAUUGAUAUAUCAAGACAGUUGCAGGUUAGGGUUCAUACAGAGACAGAAGUCAUUUCAGAGUUUUAGAGGAAGAAAAUAGAAGUAAAUGUACAUGUACACAUUCCUGAUAAUAAUUUAUGUAGAUAAUAAAAUUAUUGUUCUUAUUAUGACUUAUAACAUGCGUUAUACUUUUACAAUUAUUUCUAUAUCUUUGUUAAAAUGUGCCAAUG